GUUGAUUAUCUGACAGACUGACUUUUGAGAAGUUUCUUGAAAUUGCUGCUUAAUUCGAUCUUUGCAGCAGCUCAAUCUGUAGGCUGCUUUACGCCAGCACUCCGUGCAGUCACAGUCCCUAUUCCACUCAACAAAUGAAAUCUUCUGAAGCCUAAGGUGCGUGUUGGAGAGGAGCAACCCCAACGCGGAGAGAUUAGUUCAGUUCGGGCGCGGAUCUGAGAUACCAAAGAAAUGAGUGUGAAGACCAGCAUGACUAACCAGGAGAAGUGGGUCACCCUGAGCCCUGCAGAAUUCUCCCAGCUACAGAAGUACACCCAAUACUCCACAAAGAAACUUAAAGAUGUUCUGGAAGAAUUCCAUGGAUCUGGUGUACUCGUGAAAUAUAACCCAGAGCAGAAGCAGGAUGUUCUCAGUCAGCCAAUAGACUUUGAUGGCUUCAAACUGUUUAUGAAAACAUUCCUGGAGGCUGAGUUGCCUGAUGAUUUCUGUCAGCAUCUGUUCCUGUCAUUCAAGAACAAAGUUCCACACUCGGAUGACAUGUUCAAAUUCAAACCAAAAUUGAUUUUAGGAGGAUUUAGAACAAUCAAAGGAAUCCCAUCUCCUUCUGUAACGUCUUCCCUUGCCAGCAACGAUGAGUCAGAUGUGGUUCAGUUGAAGGAUAUUGUUUGCUACCUAUCAUUACUAGAAGGAGGACGACCUGAGGACAAGCUGGAAUUUAUGUUCCGUCUUUAUGACACUGAUGGAAAUGGAUCGCUAGAUAGCUCGGAACUCGACCAGAUCAUCAGUCAGAUGAUGCAUGUAGCAGAAUAUCUUCAAUGGGAUGUGACUGAACUCAAACCAAUUCUCCAGGAGAUGAUGGAUGAGAUUGAUUAUGACCAUGAUGGUACAGUCUCCCUGGAAGAAUGGAUUCAGGGAGGAAUGACCACAAUCCCACUUCUUGUUCUCUUGGGUCUGGAAACGAAUGUGAAGGAUGAUGGGCAACACGUAUGGAGACUGAAGCACUUUAACAAACCUGCAUACUGCAAUCUUUGUUUGAACAUGCUGAUUGGUUUUGGCAAGCAAGGCCUCUGCUGUUCCUUCUGCAAGUAUACAGUUCAUGAGCGUUGUGUGGCCAGAGCCCCACUAUCCUGCAUUAACACCUAUGUCAAGUCAAAAAAGAAUGCUACUGUAAUGCAUCACUUUUGGGUGGAAGGAAACUGCCCAAAAAAAUGUGACAAGUGCCAUAAAGCCAUCAAAUGUUAUCAGGGACUUACAGGUCUUCACUGUGUAUGGUGUCAGAUCACUCUCCACAACAAGUGUGCUUCCCAUGUGAAACCUGAAUGUGAUUGUGGACCACUGAAAGAUCAUAUCUUACCACCUUCUUCGAUUUGUCCCAUUGUACUGGAAAGACAAUCUACUGUGAAGAAAAGAGAUGAUAGUUCCCAACAAACAAAAAAAUCAGAGGAGCGCACCAAAAUUCAAAGAGCUAACUCUGUCACUGUGGAUGGACAGGGACUACAGAUCACGCCGAUUCCAGGCACACAUCCACUUCUGGUGUUUGUGAACCCUAAAAGUGGUGGGAAGCAGGGAGAAAGAAUCUUCAGAAAAUUCCAGUUUCUUCUGAAUCCACGCCAGGUUUAUAGCCUUGCCAGUAGUGGACCUACGCCAGGGUUAAACUUUUUUCGAGAUGUUCCAGACUUCAGAAUUUUGGCUUGCGGUGGAGAUGGAACAGUCGGAUGGAUCCUAGAUUGCAUAGACAAAGCAAAUUUGCCUCAACAUCCUCCAGUGGCAGUUCUUCCACUUGGAACAGGCAAUGACUUGGCAAGAUGCCUUAGAUCAGGGGGAGGUUAUGAAGGGGAAAGUCUGAUGAAGAUAAUUAAAGACAUUGAGAACUGCACAGUGGUCAUGCUGGAUAGGUGGAAAAUUGAGGUGAUACCACAUGACAAAGAAGAAAAGGGAGAUCCUGUACCUUAUACUAUUAUCAACAACUACUUUUCUAUAGGAGUGGUAAAGGAAAUGUGUCAUAUGGGCCAUAACAUGAAAAAAAAACACCCGGUAAAGUUUGGAGGCCGAAUGAAGAACAAAUUCUGGUAUUUUGAAUUUGGGACGUCUGAAACAUUCUCUGCCACCUGUAAAAGGCUACAUGAAUAUGUAGAGAUAGAGUGCAACGGAAUCCUGCUGGACUUGAGCAAUAUGCCCUUGGAAGGGAUAGCUGUUUUGAACAUACCAAGCAUACAUGGUGGAUCAAACCUUUGGGGAGAGAGCAAAAAAAGACGAAGCUAUCAUCGAGGCAGUAAAAAGGUGCCAGAGAAACGGGCAACAGUUAUAGAUGCCAAGGAACUGAAAUUCUGUGUUCAAGAUGUAAGUGAUCAGUUAUUCGAAGUGAUUGGUCUGGAAGGGGCCAUGGAGAUGGGACAGAUCUACACUGGACUGAAAAGUGCGGGGAAAAGACUAGCCCAAUGCUCUCUGGUAACCAUCAGAACUAGUAAGUUCCUGCCAAUGCAGAUUGAUGGAGAACCUUGGAUGCAGACUCCUUGUACAAUUACAAUAAGUCACAAGAACCAGGCUCCGAUGUUGAAAGCUCCACCUCCCAAGACUGGUUUUGUAUCCUCAGUCAUCAAGCGAACCAGGAACUAA